CCCGCGAGUGUAGUUGUGACCUUCGCGGUAGGUGCCGGUUGGGAUCGGCUGUGAUUGUUGUGUUGGUGCUGCAGAGCAGAGCAGAAGAGGUUGGGUCAGAAAACUGCCCUGCCGCACGAGAGCACAGCGCACUAGUGGGUCAGGGGUCCUGACUCAGACUUACUGGCUGUGUCUCGUGGUUUUUCACUGCCCUGGAAAAGGCCUGAAGUGGCGCUGAAAUGAGGCAUAGAUGAGUUGGCUAUGCUUUCUUAUUGUGCAUACUAUGAAAUGCUUUUCUUCAAACAGUUUAUAAGUGAAACUUGAACUUUACCUGAUUUCUGUAUGUUGUCAUCUUGUGUACGCCGGGUCCCCACGACAGUCCGGUUUGUAGAUUCUCUGAUCUGCAGUUCUUCCCGUUCCUUCAUGGAUUUGAAGGCUCUCCUUUCUUCCUUGAAUGACUUUGCAUCCCUCUCCUUUGCUGAGAGCUGGGACAAUGUUGGAUUACUGGUGGAACCAAGCCCACCACAUACUGUAAAUACGCUCUUCCUGACCAAUGACCUGACUGAGGAAGUGAUGGAGGAGGGGCUGCAAAAGAAGGCAGACCUCAUUCUCUCCUACCAUCCGCCUAUCUUCCGACCCAUGAAGCGCAUAACCUGGAACACCUGGAAGGAGCGCCUGGUGAUCCAGGCUCUGGAGAACAGAGUCGGUAUCUACUCUCCUCACACAGCCUAUGAUGCCGCACCCCAGGGCGUCAACAACUGGUUGGCUAAAGGGCUUGGAGCUUGUACCUCCAGGCCCAUACAUCCUUCCAAAGCUCCCAACUACCCUACAGAGGGGAACCACCGAGUAGAAUUCAACGUUAGCCACACCCAAGCCCUGGACAAAGUCAUGUCUGCAGUGAAAGGAAUUGAUGAUGUUUCUGUCACUUCUUUUUCUGCUAGGAUUGAUAAUGAGGAACAAACACGGAUUAGUCUGAAUUGUACUCAGAAGGCUUUGAUGCAGGUGGUAGAUUUUCUUUCUCAGAACAAACAACUUUAUCAGAAGACAGAAAUUCUGUCGCUGGAGAAGCCUUUGCUUCUACAUACUGGAAUGGGACGCUUAUGCACACUGGAUGAAUCUGUCUCCCUGGCAACCAUGAUUGAUCGAAUCAAAAGACACCUAAAACUAUCUCAUAUUCGCCUAGCCCUUGGGGUGGGGAGAACCUUAGAGUCUCAAGUCAAAGUUGUGGCCCUGUGUGCUGGUUCUGGGAGCAGCGUUCUGCAGGGUGUCAAGGCUGACCUUUACCUCACAGGUGAGAUGUCCCAUCAUGAUAUUUUGGAUGCUGCUUCCCAAGGAAUAAAUGUCAUCCUCUGUGAACAUAGCAACACUGAACGAGGCUUUCUUUCUGACCUUCGAGAUAUGCUGGGUUCUCACUUGGAGAAUAAGAUAAAUAUUAUCCUAUCAGAGACUGACAGGGACCCUCUUCAGGUGGUAUAAUUGCAGAAACAUCAGGAUAACACAUUGUACAAAUUAGUUGGAUGCCAACUUGAAUUUGUAACAUGAGUCAGUGGGACUAGUGUGCUUCUAGAAGAGUGUCUUAGAGGGUAUGAUCAUUUCCGGUUUGUUAAUCUGAUUCACCAAACAUUCU